AUAUAGUAUAUUCAUCUCUAUUUUCCCAUUAUUAUAGUACAAAUUUGUGUUAUGCAAAUAUGGAAACGGGCGUCGACGCGGGUCGACGCUUGGAUGCAGUCGAGCGACUUCGCGCGUCACUGGACCGCAGUGAGGCGUCAGACGCCGACCACGCUGUGAUCCGGACGCACUAAUGCGAGUGUCGUCGCGCAUCGACGCGCAUCGCGGAGCGUUGCAAUUGAAAAACAGGACGCGAUGCGACGCUUCGUAUAUGCGCCAGUGUGAAUUAUCUCAUCGUCCUAAAUUGCUUUCACCGCACUGGAAGUAUUGCCCUGUCGACGAAAAAUGGGAUAUUUGGAAUAAAAAAUGUGUUUCACGCUUGAAACCGCGCUACCUUGUACCAUUUAAUAUUACAUAUUGGAAUCGUAGGCGUUCUUAUCCAACAGCCAGUGACAACCCCUCAUCGAAACUUCGAAUUAGCCGCCUUAAGUUAUGAAGCCGUAUGCAUCAAAUUUUGAAGUCGGUAUGACUAACCGGAUGCAGUAAAUGAAUAAAUUAGUCACAAACGUAUUACGAUUCUUUUGUUUCCAAACUUUGUCGUCCCCAAUAGAGAGUAGUUAUAAUCAAAUAUUAAACAUAAUAUUUAGCUACAACGUGUUCUAAAGUUACCGACACUUCUGAGGAGUUAUAACGACACGAUCUUUAAAUCUUGAAAUCUUCAAAGUUAUGAAACUAUUCUUCGGAUCUAAAUAGCGU